CGGCUCACCUGAGCGCCUCAGGUGACUGACACAGCUCUCCCUCCUCAGGUUGACCGGGAAUGAGCCCUUGACCAUCCUUCCUUUGACUUCAGAGAUGGAGGAAGCCGCCGUCAAAGCCCAUUAUAAAGUGUGCGACCGCCUGAAGUUGGAGAAGAAGCAGCGGAGGAUGUGCCGGAGAGAUCCCGGGGUGGCCGAGACCCUGGUGGAGGCCAUCAGCAUGAGCGCCCUGGAGUGCCAGUACCAGUUCCGCUUUGAGAGGUGGAACUGCACCAUUGAGGGGCGCUACAGAGCCAGUCUGCUGAAGAGAGGUUUUAAGGAAACGGCGUUCCUCUACGCCAUCUCUUCGGCAGGGCUCACCCACGCCAUGGCGAAGGCCUGCAGCGCCGGGCGCAUGGAGCGCUGCACGUGCGACGAAGCCCCCGACCUGGAGAACCGGGAGGCCUGGCAGUGGGGCGGCUGCGGAGACAACCUGAAGUACAGCAACAAGUUUGUCAAGGAGUUCCUGGGGAAGAAGUCCAACAAGGACCUGAGGGCCCGGGUGGACUUCCACAACAACCUGGUGGGCAUGAAGGUCAUCAAGGCCGGCGUGGAAACCACGUGCAAAUGCCACGGCGUGUCAGGCUCCUGCACGGUCCGGACCUGCUGGCGCCAGCUCUCCCCGUUCCACGAGAUCGGCAAGCAGCUGAAGCAGAAAUACGAGACGGCGCUCAAGGUGGGCAGCACCACCAACGAGGCCACCGGCGAGGGGGACAUCUCCCCGCCGAAGAAAUCCGCCCCGGGCCACGGGGACCAGAUCCCACGGACUACGGACCUGGUGUACAUCGACGACUCCCCGAGCUUCUGCCUGAUCAGUCGGUACUCGCCCGGCACGUCGGGCCGGAAGUGCUACAAAGACAAGAACUGCGAGAGCAUCUGCUGCGGCCGGGGGCACAACACGCAGAGCCGCGUGGUGACCCGCCCCUGCCAGUGCCAGGUCCGGUGGUGCUGUUACGUGGAGUGCAAGCAGUGCACCCAGCGGGAGGAGGUCUAUACGUGCAAGGACUGAGGAAGGCGCGCAUCCUGGCGUUCGCAGUGGAUCGCCCCGACCGGUGGGGGGGCCGCCCUCCAGCGAGCCCCCGAGGGGGCCGCACGGGGGUCGUGGGGACUGACUGAAACUAUGCUGAGACGAAUCGAGCACUUUGCGGGGUCCUGGCGGCCCAGCUGUAUUCCUUCUCUUUCUCGACUGUUCCCUGCUCUUCAGACGCCUCUGGGGCUCCGGCGCAGGAAUCGGAAGCACCUGCUGUGCAAAGUGGGGGCUGAUUUAGGGGUGCCGGGGUCCCUGCCAAAGCAACCAUAGGCCAUUCCGCCUUGAUCGAAUGGAGCGGCUCGCCCUUCUCUCGUGACCACGAAGUCUGAGCUUGAAUCGGAGGUCUCCUUGCGAAUCGGACCUCUUGGUGUGUCGUUGACGUGCUCCCGCUGAGCUCCGUGGGCAUCCCGACCGCACUGGGAGCUGCAGUGAGGAACUUGCGCUGUCCUGGAAUAGCUUCAUGCCAAGGGAUGGUCAAGGAAAGGCUUGGGGAUGGUGGAUUCCUAGUUCGACUCCUCUGCGUCAGGAUAAUUGGAAUGGAGAAGUCACGUCCCGUGAUGCUGAUAGGUCAACCCGGCGUGCAAGAUUUCCUUCAGCCACCUGCACUUCAUAACAGACUGUGUGUGAAGUUCAGCCUGCCAAAUUUUCCUAUUGCUCCAUCUGCUUUUCCCUUUUCACUUGCUGCCUUGACUUUUAAUGAUGAAAACCACUAGAGGCCUUCUUCAAACUUCCCGUAAGCACCACCACCGAUGGUUUCUCCUGCUUGGAAGCGCCAAAGUCCCCCCUGGAGGUUGCUUUCGGAGCAGCUUCUGGCUGUGGUUGCCUUAUCGACAAUUGUCUUCUGGAAAUGGAGAAAACCUGUUGCCUUAUGGAUGGUUCCCUUGGCGUUGACCAUUCUUGAACUGCAAGCCUCUGUGCACUGGAUCGUACCUCCCAAGAUUCGACAUCUAUUGGAAUGUCAUUCCACUGACUCGUGGCAGUGGUAUGGACUGGCACACAUCUCUGCACAGAUCGUUUAACGUCUAUUUAAAAGAAAGAAAGCAAGCAAGAAAGCAAAACAAAACCACUGUGGGCCUGGCAUUGGAACUUCAACACCCAUGAAACGAUCGAAUUCCAAGUGAACGGUUUGCAAAAGUUCCAGAGGGAGGGAGAGAACUGGAAGAGAAAACGACAGCAGUGACCAAAAGCACUCGCGGCGUGGCUACUGGACAUCGUUCUGUUAUUUUGAACUGGGAUGUUACAAAUGUGUGACUUGGCAUAGCAACUCUGCUUCAACAAUACUACUUGGAUCGGAAGCUGCUGGCAAAGGGCCCGUGUCGUCGGGGAUGGAGGCCGGGGUGGGCCCUUCUGAUUUGCAUGUAGUAGCAACGUCUCGAGUUUAACCUGUUGACCUGGUUUGCGAGGGGAGCCGCAGGAAGGAACCUUCCGCGCGGGUCCCAUUUGUCUGCCCGGGACUGUCCAGCCUUCUGAGCUUGCUUGACCUGAGCACCUUGCAAGGCCAGCUCAGCCACUCCUCCUAAGCUGCUGGGAGGAGGGUCCCAAGAAGGUCCUCGGGAGCGACCGACCAGAUGAGAGCCGGGUGUGUCGGCUGACUGUUGGAGGGUGGAACAAGAAGGACCGCCUUCGUUGUGCUGGGCCAGGGUCCUGCUGUUGUACAUCUCUUUGAGGCAACCGGUGAUGAAGUCUGGGGCCGCUCAUUUCCACCCUGCUCUGCCCUGCGGGCUCAGCAGAAACUCUUCGCUGCGGGUUCUCCUUGCCUUCCAGGCUGGUCAGUCCUGCAGCUACGUGCAAAUAACUGAAAGGCAAAGCCAAACCAGAGAUGGAAUAGAAACCUAUUAUUCAGUGUGGAGAUAUAUCUAUCUAUAUAUAUGCCUAAAUAUAAAUAUUGAUCAUCUAUUUAUUAAGCCUUUCAGAAGGACCUUCUUAUGGUUUUGAUGUGGUAUUAUGUUUAGUCCUCUCUUGACAUGCACACUCUUGUCCCUGUUUUUGCACGCACAUGUGUCUUUUGUCCCCGAGGGGUUUCUUCAAGUUUUCCAACAAUUUUGGGCGUGAAGAUGGAGCAAGAGGCAUGCCUCAUUCUGUUGGGGUGGGUGUGUUUGCUGUGUGAGGAAGGAUCAGCCCCAUUUGGCUUAGUCCUGUCUUGACCGAAGCGUGGGUCCCGGAAGGUCCCAUAAUAUCCGUCUCCACUUCGUGUAGAACCUCACCUCUUGUCAUGUGCCGGGCCAGCUCGAGUUAACGCACACCUUUGGGCAACAGGUGUUUCUAAUUUUGUCACCCCGCAUCUCGUUCUUGGGUUUUGCGGGGAGAAGACACCAGUCCGCACUUGCUGCUUGGAAAUACCUUUUUGCUGCCCUUCGUUUGUACAAAGCAAGGAAGGGUUGAUAACCAGAGGCUGGGAGAACGGCAGAGGAACAGGCCGCCUGCAUGGGGAUGAUGCCCUCAAAGAUUUGGGUGGAGGGGGUUCUCUGUCCCACUUCCCAGAGGGUACUGACUUGGUUUUGGGUUUCUGCUUCCAGCACCAACGAUGUCACUCAGCUGCCCCUAAUCUUGUGGUGGGGUCUUCCUCCUCCUGUCCCCCAGUAAUCCUGGGUGGGCUUCCUACCAGAAACUCAAGUUGAAGUCCUCCAAAGUCUGCAGAACUUGCAGGCUUUUAAAAAUCCAAAUCUGUUAUAGUACCUUUGGCACUUCUGGGAAGAUGGGUCCAUGGUGUGUGCAGUCCUCAUGCGCACGCGCUUUUAUUUAUACCUCCCGUGCAAUGGGGCGUGGGGGCCGCAAAGGAGCAGACCCCUUGCGGCCGACUCGCGUGCCUCCUCGCUCCGAAACUGGUCCCGCUGAAUUCCAGAGGACCGUCUCCUGGGUGCGCCUGCACAGGAGGGUGGUCUCGGGGGUGACGAGGCGAAGGGGUGAACAAACUACUGAGUGGGAAAAAGCUCUUUGUAAAAUAAUUCACACACUGAAGCCGAGGUGUUUCUGUAAGUAUUUAAAAAUGUAUUUAUGUUAAUGCAAAUAUUAUUAUUGCUUUCUUGUUAUAUAUUGUAAAUAGUAAGGUUUAUUCUCCUGUGGUUUAAAAAUUUAUAUGAAUAUAUAAAUAUAUAAAUAUAUAUGAAUAGUA